GGGACAAUGAUCAUAGCGCGAGUUGUCGUGGUUUGGCUUUGUUUCGUUUCGUUUACAUGUUCUCGUCCUGCUUCUCGCUUUAGAACCGCCGAUAGGCGCGCAGGAACACAUCGCACUGUACCGUUCAAAAUCAAAAGACAAACGGACGAUCUUCACCGGAGGCUACUAAGAGUAGAUCCAUCCCAUUAUGGUGAACAAUUUUCGCCCGAAGAGCAGAGUAACGAAUCGAUGAUACAGUUGCGCCAAAAGGCAUCGAUUGCUGAAGUUUUCCGACACCGGCUGAUGGCAUGCGGGUUGAUAACAACCAAAUCACCCGAACGGUGGAGAGAUCGACUGAUGGCUGAAUUGGACGAAAUAGUUACGGAGAUAGAGCAUCGUUGUGCGGUGUGUAAAACGCUGUACGAUGAACCCUGCCGGUAUGAAGUGCUCCGGACCCUUUUCGACCCAUGUCCCGCUCGCUGUCGGAGGAAAAGCGCCAAAAAACGGCUCCUACUUACGCUGCAAAAAGUGCUGGAACAAUCGCUGAACAGUGAGAACGCGCAAAGUGAUAGCAGCGUUGGGGCUGAAGAGGAGAACGAGGGUUAUGAUUCGAACGUAUGGCCCAUUACGGAAAUACCAAUGAGUAGGAAAACAAGAAGCACAACAGAGAUCUCUACCGAGCCAACAAUACGAUCGGUUGUAACUCCUCGAGAUGAUCGUACAUUGAGUUCUGCCAAACAAAUUCCUAGCCAUAAAGUCCCCUGGAGAUCACACCCGUCAGCAAUCGAGUUCAAACAAUCACUUGGCGCACAAGAAUCAACAUCGGCCCCAAAUCAAACCAACGUUCUGAACUACGGUACAGACCCUUCCGCAGUGCAUGUCAUCGACGGACAGCCUGUGGAUAAUGUGCACGAUUUCCUGCAGCAGUACAUGCACCUCGUGUACGGUGGACAACCGGGCAAUGAGCAAAGGAAGCAGUUUUUUCUUGACCAAUUAUGCCGAAAUGCAACCAACGGAACGAUCGUACUGCAGUGCCAAGAUAUUGCCGGGCAGCGAAGAGCGCGAUCCUCAGAAAACGUCACAGCGAAAAAAGUAUCGGCUUGGAAUGUUGGUGAAGGUGCCAACGCCUCAAGUGACGUUCAAAAGCCGCUACUUUUUACUACCCCAUCCGUGAAUGAUUUAAGAGCAAAGGAUAUUGGUUGUCGGUCGUGUUGGACACUUGGAAGAAAAAGACAUCAAUGGGAAGGAUUCAAUUGA